AUGGUUCAACCGGCUGACACCAAUAAAUUACCCUCAGAGAAAAUGUAUGGUGCAUUAGACAAAGGAGUAGGGCGAACAAGUUGCGUACUUGGGGGGAACUGGCAGAACCAUAGAAAUUUAAAACAGAAGGUAGAAGAAUUAUUAAAAAGGUAUUAUAUUAAUAAUGGGAAUUUGGCCGACAGAAUCGUAAGGAACUACUGUGUAGCAUGUAACAGCACAGGGGAAGGGGAGUUCGUUUCUUUGUCCAAUAGUGACCGUUAUAGCUUCUUUUAUUUUUGGUUAGGAGAUAAAUUAGGAGACCGUCGCUCAAUGGUUAUGAGGGAAAUUUACCCUAAACUCGAAGGUUCCGCGGGCACAUGUGGGUGCACCAAUUUGUAUGAUGAUAUUACCAAAGAACGUUUCGGGCAGGGCAAAACACUAUUCGAUUAUUAUUAUAACUAUAGGAAAUUACAAAAUGGACAGGAGCGCAAUAAAUAUUGCAGCAGUUUAGAAUACAAGAAGUCCUUAUGUACAGCACAAACAACAUAUAAAACAUUAAGUGGAAAGUGCGAAACCACUGGCAAUGAUAAAUAUUGUACCGAAUUUAAAAAAAAAAAACCGGAGGGGAAGGAAUAUGGGCCACCACAGCCAUUAACAUGCCCUAAAGCAAUCGCUUGUACAGAACAACAUACAGAAAAUACUUUAACGAGUGAAACCCUCUCAGGGGAAGAAGUAACUCGCCUAAGUGCAUCUUCAGGACCUGGACAACAUGAAGCACAUGGACCAGAAGUUAGACCACCAGGUCCAGCACUUAGUACAGUUCCAGAUAAGGAAGGAAAAAAGCCUACCGCAACACCAAAAAAACCUUCUGCCGGGGACGACUUCGACCUUGGCGACGCCGUGGUAGAUGGUGUCUCUGGUGAUGAAGGAAGAGGAGGUUCUGAUGGGGGUGGUAGCCAACUACAGCUUCAGCAGAAACAACAACAACAACAAUUACCAUCUGCUUCUGCCUCUUCCGGAGUGGACAGUAGCACUAUUGGUGGCGGUGCUGCUGCUGGCGUUGCAGGAGUAGUAUUACCAGCACUUGCUUUCUAUCUAUAUAAGGUAAGUAUACCUAACACAGGAAUAUGAGGAGGAAGGAGCAGCAAUAAUAAAAGUAGAAGAAAAAGAAGUUCAUUAGUACGCAGGUUAAAUAAGGAGAAUGAAUAUGAUUCUUCCUCAGCAUACAACGCAACAACAGUAGAUUCAGAACCUGACUUAACGGAGGAGGAGGAUGAUAAUUCUACAGAAUAUUCUGUCCCCUAUAUUAGAUAA